AUGGGUGACUAUCGUCGGGUCCUCUACCCUACAAACUCUCACGGUCUGGUUUGUGGUCGUGACGUACCGGGCAAACCCUAUCUCUAUUUCUUUGAUAUUGCCCAAUGCUUGAAGCUGGCUCCGGUCGUUAUGAUUGUGGGUUGUCCUACUCCUCAGGUCUGUGUGGAAUCUUGUCCGGAUUAUUACUGGUCUUGGAAAAUGUCGUAUAAUCAAGAUACACCAGUUGCUUCCAGAAGUCUCAUGGUCUGUUUGGACGGAAAGAACGGGAACGAUCCGGAGUUCGCCGGUUACGUGAGUUUUCCUCUGAACUGCUGCCUCCACGACAGUUUUCGUAUUUCUUUGCAUUGCCUUCUUGACGAAUAA